AAUGUAGGAAUUAAUUGAGAUUGGCUUAAAAAAAGUAUUGCCAGGAAUUUUAAUAAAUCAAAUUGCCUUCUACUCAUUAUAUAAGAUAUUGAAAAAUAAUGAGUGUAUUGUUGAUGUAGCAUACACAGUCAGUCAUUUAGUUGCAGGAUCUAUAUAUGCUUAUCAUUUUGGACUCUCAUCUUUUGAAAACAAAGUAGAAUAUUUUUAUAUCAUUCUAGUUUAAAUUGGGAUUAUUAGCUUUGUGGACAGUCAGAUUAGCAGGAUUUCUUUUCUAUUAUAGAAUCAUGAGAGGAUUUAGAGAUCCUAGAUAUGAGGUCAUUUUUGAGAAAUAUAAAAAAGAGACUUUAAAAAGAGAUAUUGUUGUCUUUGGACAAUACAUUUUCUAAGGAUUCAUUGUUUUUGUUACUAGCUCAUCAUUGUAUUUCUUAUUUAAGAAUUAAUUGAAUCCAAUAUAAUUGACUAUUUUAGGAACAUCAAUAUUCUGGAUAUAUUUUGAAGGAUUAGCAGGUAAUAAUUACUUAUAUAUUUGAUAGACCAUCAAUUAUAAUAAUUUAAAGAUAAAAAGAAUAAACCUCCAAACUCAAUAUGUCAAGAUGGCUUAUGGAAAAAGAGUAGACAUCCAAAUUUAUUUUUUGACUUAAUGACUUGGACAACUAUUGCCAUUGCUAGCAUUAAGUCAAGGCAUGAUUGUUUAGCUUUGAUAAGUCCAUUAAUUUUAUAUUAUGUAAUGGCUGGUUUGACUGUACCAAUUACAGAAAAAUUAAUGAAGAAAAAAAGAGGUGACAAAUUUCUAGAAUAUUGUUCAAAAACAAAUAAAUUCUUGCCUAUUUGAA